CACCUGCGAAACCUCGACUUCAACAUUCCUAACACUCCCACGUUGUCUACUCGUUACACCUUCAUCAUCGAUUGACGCAGUCAGAACGUCUUCUUCCUAGCACCUAUCUGCAUGUGAGAGACACGGUUGCACGAACUGCAUUCCUCGCGUGUCCUGCUGACUUGGUCCUUCAAGAUCCUACGCACAACACCUCAGGGAUUAUGAAAGGCUUCUUACAAAAAGCCAAGGCUGAGUGGAAGGACCGCUCUCAGCGGGAAGAGCCAGGCCAGCACCAGCAACAUCAAGAACAUCACCAGCCACACGGCCCACCAAGUCACUGUCCGCCCGCAGGGCAUCAAAAUCAUGGCGGCAUCAAUGAGCCCACAGCUCUCGACAUAUUGCGAUACCGUUACCACUACGGUACCAACCUGGGUUCUGUAUAUGUGAUCGAGAGGUGGCUACAGCCAUCUCGGUUCCCUGAUGGCGCUGAAGGGUCGAGUGAGCUUGCAGCGGUCGUAGCAUGGGUCGAUAGAGAAGGCAUAGAUUGCGCUAGACGGAAGUUCGAACAACACUGGUCCAGCAUCGUGACGGAUGCAGCAAUCGGGUGGUUGGUCAAUGAGGCGAAGUGCACAACCAUUCGUCUGCCCAUCGGCUACUACGACUUGCCCGGUCCUGAGUUCACUCGGGGAACACCGUUUGAACCCUACGCUCAAGUGUAUUGUGGAGCAUGGAACAGUAUCCGCAGUCUCAUUUACCGCCUACGCGAGCGCUCGAUCGGUGUUAUGCUCGAUCUUCAUGCACUUCCUGGUGGUGCAAAUGCACAAGAACACUCUGGUACAAACAGUGGCCGCGCAGAGUUCUGGCAUUCAGACUUCAACCGUGCUUUGGGCAUACGUUGCGCUCAAUUUAUCGCCCACGAAGCUAGAUCUGGACUCGGUAUAGCUGGCAUCCAGCUCGUCAACGAAGCCGAAUGGGAGUCUCAUCGAAUGUAUGAAUGGUAUGACGAGGCCGUCGCCGCUGUAUCCGCCAUUGAUCCGAGUAUUCCUGUUGUUAUCUCCGACGGAUGGAAUCUCGACAAAGCGGUUGAGUAUUCGCUUCGGACGAAUUCAGUCUACGCUGAACAUCCAAAGACUCCGGUCGUUGUCGACACGCACUUCUACUGGGCAUUCACGGACGCCGAUAAACAGAAGUCGCCUCAACAGAUCAUCCAAGAGGUUGGCACCAAGUUGGGUCAGCUUGAUGGCAAGGAGGGCUCAGUCAUCGAUCGUGGCGCUAUCCAGACCAUUGUCGGAGAGUACUCCUGCGUUUUGACCGAGGAUUCUUGGGCAAAAGGUGGUGGAGUGCCAAAAGAAGAGCUUGUGAAAAAAUUUGGUGAAGCGCAGAGCAGGCGAUACCAGCAGCGUGCCGGUGGAAGUUACUUCUGGACUUGGAAGAUGGACUGGAUGCCUGGCGGAGAAUGGGGUUUCAAAGCUCAGACUGAUGCGAAAAACAUUGUGCCUCCUCAACAUGCUAUCUUGGGAUCAGGUGAGAAAGCGAGACGCCUAGACAGGGCGAAGUCAGAACAGGACGGACGCAAGCAACAGGCGUUCCAACAACACGUAAACUACUGGAACCAAGUUGACCCGAACGGCACGUAUGAGCACGAAAAGUAUGAGUACGGCUGGCAUGUAGGCUACUCGGACGCAAUGGCUUUCUUCGAGGGUCGCGAUACGCAAGGCGACAGGAUUGGUAUGUUGGAGUUGUGGGUGCUCAAAAGGAUUAGAGAGAGUGGGUACAGAGGCGGCUUCACGUGGUUGUUUGAACAAGGACUUCGGAAAGGUGUCAGCGACUUUUACAGCGCGAUUGGCAUCUGAUUCUCGGCCCAUUGAUAAGUCAUCUAUGUUGCUGCUCGGGUCCAUGUCCAAGACGAUCAGAUCAAAUUCCUUGGCUGGAAUGCGCCUAAAACGACCUCACCUCAUACAUCGCCAGUCACGAGUAAACCCUCAAAAUCAACAGUCAACGUCGCCAUGGCUAGACAUAGGAUUGCAGUGACAGAUAUUCGUG